UCCCUGGCUUGAGCUGAAUAACCAGCCACUGUAAAUUGAUACUGUCUUAUCUGUAUCAGAGGAUUCUGUCUGGAGAUGUUCUGUAAAAGAAAAUGAUGACUUGUUACAUGAGGCACAUUAUGGGAAGCAUUCAGCCAUGCUGUGAGGCUUCUUCUCCUUCCAUUCCCAAUGCACAUUUUGGCCAUUACACUGUAUUUACUUGGCAUAUAACCAGUUCACUGGAAUUAGAUCGCAUUUACUGUGGUAUUAGGGAAGGCUGCCAGUUUGUGGAGGAGGCUUCGCAUGAUGGUUUGUAAUGACUUGCCAUAUGCCCUAUCGCCUUGCAGUCCUCGAAAAGGAAGUAAAACUGAGAAUUACUGGUUCCCAGCCCUUGAUUUAAACAUCUCUAUCUUCAGGAAAAGGCAGUGCACUUUUCAACAUGACCACAAAGAGGAGUUGCCAUGUCUAGCCUUGCUCAGCCUGAACGUGUGCUUCAUGAGAACAUCUGUCUCAUGAAGAUCUGCAAAACUCCAUUCGGAAUGGCUGAUGGAUGGCAUUUUUUCAACCAAAGUGUUUUUCAGAUGUGGUACAGUCCACAGGAAGCCUUUUGAAAUAGAAGAGGACUGUGGCAGCCAGCACAGCAUUAUGGUGUUGUGACUAAGGAGCUGUUUUGAAGAAUGAGAGAUAUUUCUUCUGAUAGAGCAAUAGAUGAUACUUACCCUUCUCUUCUGUGGGAAAUCUGGUGGUUCCAGAUGGGACGAGGUAUGUCUGUGGGUCUCUGGGUUUCCCACUGGGAUGGCCAGGUGCUCCCAUCCCUGGAUGCCCUUCUCCACAUCAGCAGAGAAGAUCAACAGUGACGUCCGUGGGGAUUGCAUCUGCAGACCUCUCCAUUCCCAUGUCUGUAGAUUACUCAGAUAGGAUAAUGUGUUUAAAAAAGGAUUAUCUUGCUGGGUCUUGUUUGCCAAAUAUCAGCCUGGAGCCAGUUUUUACAGCUGAGUUACAAUGACCUGAUAGCAGUGUUUAUGAUAGAAAUUGUGCCAACUACUUGAUACCAGCGGCGCGCUGGUCCUUUAGUCACUGGAAGACUUUGUUGUCAGAAUCACUUUUUAUUUUGCAGAUGGGAAUAUGUGUGGUGAAUAGUGCUUGGUGCCUCUCAGCACAGAGGCUCCAUGCUGGUUAGUGGUUAGCCAGCCUCACAGGCAGUGCCUGCAAGCAUCCCCACGCAGCGCUGCCAGGAACAACAGCGGCUGACGCUUGCACAGCACUUUUCCUCUUUGGGCUGAUCACGGGACACACUGCACAUGAGCUGUGGGUGCUGCAGAGCUGCCACUGCGGCUUUCUGGCAGCCCAGGGCAGGAGGGGUCAUGGUGGUAAGCAGGACAUGUGCUGCCCACCACUCCUGCAUGUGCCCUUGAGUAGGGGACACAGGCACCAUUGCUUACUGGGGAUCGCUACCACACUGCCUGCCUGAAGAUUGGACUCCUUUACCCUAUGGACAGAAAUAUCUUUAUAGGGAUAGUUUUAAUUCACCUGGUAUAGCACAACAGUUCCCUCAGCUCUUUUUACUACUUUUCAUGUCACUGGGGCAGAGAGUGGGAGUUUGUUCCUUUAAGGCGAAUAAUUUUUAAUUCUGAUCUGAUUCCCCACCCUUGAGGCACUUUUGGGUAAAGAAUACCAAAUAUGCAAAAUCAUAUCAUGUUUUUACAGUGGAGUUACUAAGCCUCAUUCACUCCUGUGUCCUCAUGCCAAAAAAAUUCUGAUGAGGCAACCCCAUGACAGAGGGGUUUGCUCUGGUGGAGCUGCAGAACAACCGUUCUGUGGAUAUGCCCUUGGGAUACUGAGAAGCAACAGCCUUGUGUGUUGGUAUGGGCAAAAGCUACCUAGAAUUUUGAUGAAAAGGAAAAUGUAUUUGCUGAGCCACCCUGAGUAACACUGAGCAACUUCUGCAGUACUGUGGUUGUUGUCACUGGUUGGGUUUGAGCAGCUCGUAGUCACGUAAAAGAACAUGAGAAAUGACAUUGUGAUCCGAGACCUCUGAGCUUAGGUUGGUGAUACAUUGCCUGCUUUUGGUUAAGCCCAGUAUGAAGGAAAUUGCUGCUGGUUGUGUUUCAUCAGUGCACUGACAAAAAGGGCUGCAUUUAUGUUUUCCAGAAAGUUGCUGAAUCACAUCACUGUGUAGAAUAUAUUCCUCAAAUUGUCUCUCUCCAAUUUCCAAAAAGGAAAAGGAGAAAAAAAAAAGAAGAAGCAGAGCUGUAUCAAAAGAUGAAACAUUAUAGGGGUUAGUUAAGGAAAAGUAAUUCUAUCUUUUUAAAAAAAUCUCAAGCUGCAAUGCCUAGGAACUGAAGGGCAGAGUGUUCCUUUUCUCUGUUACUGCUGCAUGACCUGUGCUUAACUAUAAGUAUUGCAGUCUUAAAGCCUGCUCUUGCUCCCCAGGAGACGAAUGCUACAGCAUUCUUAGACCUUAGUGUGUGGGGGGGAGAGCUCUCAGUAUAAUUUCAUGUAUAAAUAUUGUAUGCUCUGUGCCUUUUAAGUUUUUACAGAAAUGGAAGUUAGCUGGUGCACACUCUGGUGGCCAGUCCUUCUACAUGGAGAAUUCACAGGGAUGACACAGUAAAUUACACUUGCGGAUCUGCCAUGCAUUAUGCACCAUUUUCUCCUUUGCACAUUUGUUAUUUUUAAGAUGAGAAAGCAUAGGCCUCUCAGUUAAGCUUCUUACAAAUGUCUUUACUCCCAAACCUACAUCUUUUAGUUGCCAGCCUUUUGAUCUUAAAGGCUGAAUCUCUGUUUGUUUGGUAAGAUCCACUUUCUGUUAAUUUUUUCUGCUCACAGCUCCCUAUCUGUUUCAAAAACAAAACAAGAAGUCCCAUCAUUCUGUCUUUCCUUGGGCUAUAAAAACAAGGCAAGGUAAGGCUCUUGGCACAGGUUUGUAUUACGCUUAGCAGAGGCACCCUAGGCUGGGCCUUCUGGGCUGAACCAAUAACUACCGACUUUCUGUACCUAUAAUAAAUGUAUACAUGGGUUGAAGGUUUUUAUUUUUAUUUUUAUUUUUGUAUGUAUGUGUGUGUGAAUUAGAAUGGACGUAAUGUUUGAUUUGUUGAAAUUUGGACAUAUAAACAGUAAUCACAGUAUCACAGUAACUGAUAUUUUCGUGUUUUCUGUCUUCUGAAUGCAAUUUUAAUACUGAUCCUGCUUCUCUAAUGUUAUCUGUGACAUGCAGUUGUGCAUUUUCUAGUUAUUCUGAUUGUUCAGCAGGCAGCUUACUGCAUUCUUGCCUUCUAGCUAGUGCUGUAUUACUUUGGCUGUAGGUGUCAGAAGAUGAAAUUCUGCUGAACUUUGAAGAAAGGAGGCUGAAGCAUUAGGACAUGCCAGCGACUACAGAAGAGAGAAAACAGUAAGUGAUUCUUGACUUCUUGCAGGGCUCAGGUGUGAACUUGAAGAUAGGGCAAGGAGGAAGGGAGACGUAGCUGCAAUCCUCUUGCCCAUGGCCUGGGCAGGUGGGUGCUGCUGCUGCUCCAUUCCUUUGCAGGGUAACCUGAUCAGGCCCUGGGAUUGCUCCCUAAGACAUGAUCGUCCUCCACCUUUGGCUGUCCUUCCCUCAGGGCUGUUCCUUAAGGCUGAAAACCCGUCACACAGAAAAAGCAGGCGGCCUGCUCCCUCUAUAGGCUUUUCUGGUUGUUGCUGCCGUGAACUGGCUGCCUCAGACGAUCAGAGCUGCAUGCGAGUUUUGAAAGCUGACAAAAACUCUUACGUGAGGUGUAUUCUGCAUUUCUUUCACAUGUUUGCGUGUUUACGUGUGUAAAUGUGUAUAUGCACGUGGAUUCAUGUUUGUGUCUUUUUCAUGUUGUUUAAUGGCUAUACAUGUAGUCAUAUACAUGUAGCUACUUCCUCUGCUGAAGGAACAUGUAUGAAGCAGUUUUUACUGUUCAGUCUUGUUUCUUUUUGAACCAAUGCAUUAUCCUUUUUGUUUGUGAGCUAUCUGUUUGAUGACUGUGUAACCAUAACGCUCUUUCAAUUGCAUUCUACCUUUAUUAAGGGAAGAGAUGCUGUCUGAACCAUGGCACACUUCCUCUCCAGCGCCUGCUCUCCUGACUGCACCAGCACCGCAGUUCUUGAUGCCAUUCUGAUAACAAAAGCAAUCUGGAUUCAGAGCAUCCUCUUCGUUGUGUGGAUCAGCCCAGGGAGCCGCCGUGCAGCCCCCUCCCAACAGAGCUGCGUGGAGGGAGGCAGGGUGGGAGGCAGGUGUCCUCAGGCAGCUAUUGAAGCUGGGUGCCCCUUGCUGCAAGCGCAGCUCCCUGCCUGCUGCUGGCGUGGGUAGCAGAGGGGAUUCCUCUGCGGUGCCUGAAACAGCGCUGCAGGGAAAGAUCCAACACAUCCGUGGGUUACGUAUUAACAGUCAGUGAUGACCUUCUGCAGGGUGGGGGAGUAACUGUCUCACUGAAGCACUGGUAGAGAAGUGGCAGUUUUUCUGCUAUGCAGAGCACAGGUAUUAGCACCUAGCAGAAGGCUGUCAGGCAAUUUCCGUGCAGUGAUACUGUUAUCAAUUACUCCUUACUUUUAAAAAUGUGAAUAAAUUGUUCUGAAGUCUAUGGCACUAAAUAAAUGGCUGUAUGUUGUGGGGAACGGAAGGGAGACGACAGGAGAAGUUUUAACUAAAACACUGAGGGCACUUCCAAGGAAGCAUUUGGAGAAUAACACACGAGUUUUGCUUAUAGAGAAAAACCUUAGCAGUCAUUCCAUGCUGUGCUCAUUUUCCCUUCACCAGGUCUGUCCUUGUUCUGUGUUGAAUGCAGUCUGCUGCAGUGGGGGUUAUGGACUUUUGUCACUUAUAGCACAGACGAUUUGCUUUAACUUAAGCUUAAAAGUAAAGCCAUGGCAGGAUGGCAAAUCACACCAUCAGUUGAAUGAGUGACAGUUUAUUUGUCUUUGGAGCUUCUGAUGAAUGCAGAAGUAGUAGUGAAAGAAAAAAUAAAGGAACUCAGCUGGAUGGACACCUGCUGAGACUCUUUUCCACUCUGUCAACAUGGGAAGAGCACACUCUGUGCUCAGCAAGACUCCGGGCAGAGUUGGGUCUCAGAGCUCAGAUUCCGAUUCAUCUGCCGCUCCAGGAAAUGCCGUGGAUGUGAACAAUGAGGGCUCCUCUGAGGGCUUCAUCUGUCCACUCUGUAUGAAAGUGUGUGUAACUCCUACUGAUCUGUCUGAACAUUACCAGAAUGAGCACAUGGGGACAGAAGGAAGACAGGAGCUUCGUGACAUUCCGGCUGUUACUGGAUUUAUCUGUCCCUUGUGUAUGAAGUCUCAUGGAUCAGCUGAGGAGCUGUUCAAGCACUAUGAAGCAGUUCAUAAUUCUGGCAUCGAUUCAACUUGUGGAGGGGAAGGUCACCUGUCAUCAGAAAGAGAUGAAGUAUCACUGCUCCGACAAGAAGUACAAGACUUGCAAGCUUCGCUGAAGGAGGAAAGAUGGUAUUCAGAAGAGCUGAAGAAAGAACUAGAGAAAUUGCAGGGGCAGCAGCAGCAAGAUUCUAAGUCUGAUGGAUUGACAACAUCUACAUCUACAGAAUCAUUAGAACGGCAACUAGAAGAGAUCCAAGUAGAAAAUUUUAAUAUUAAGCAAAUGAAAGACUUAUUUGAGCAAAAAGCAGCACAACUGGCCACUGAAAUUGUGGAUCUUAAAGCAAAAUAUGAUGAAGAAAUCAGCCUUCGGGAAGGUGCAGAACAGAAAAUGACAAACCUAACACAGGAACUACUGAAGGAGAGAAGUACCAUAGAAGACUUAAAGACAGAGCUGCUACAAAGGCCUGGUGUGGAAGAUGUGGCUGUUCUUAAAAAGGAACUGGUCCAAGUUCAGACACUGAUGGACAAAAUGACUUUGGAAUGUGAGAGAGAAUCUGAAAAGCUGAAAGAUGAGUGCAAGCACUUGCAGGCAGAGAAGGCAAACUCAGAGGCUACCAUUAACCAGUUAAGAGCUGAACUUGCCAAAGGACCUCAGGAGGUAGCUGUAUAUGUUCAGGAGCUGCAAAAACUUCAAAGUUUAGUCAAGGAGCUAGAACAGAAAAACCAGAAUCUGACUGAGAAGCUGCUGAAGAAGGAGCAGGAGUACAGCCAGCUAGAAGAAAAACAUAAUGAGCUAUCUGUGAGCAAAAAGAGUGUUCAGGCAAGCUUUCACCAGAAGGACCUGGAUUGCCAACAGCUUCAGGCAAAGCUAUCUGCAUCUGAAGCCUCGAUACAGAGAUUACAGACAGAGCUAGGUGAGAAGGGAGAAGCAAGCCAGAAGCUUAAAGAAGAAUUGUCCGAAGUAGAGACAAAAUACCAGCAUCUUAAGGCAGAAUGUAAACAGCUUCAGCAGCAGAGAGAGGAAAAAGAGCAGCAUGGUUUGCAGCUCCAGAGCGAGCUCAGUCAGCUGCAUAGUAAGCUUCUGGAAACAGAGCGCCAGCUGGGGGAAGCACAUGGGCGGCUUAAGGAGCAGAGGCAGCUCUCUAGUGAAAAGCUGAUGGACAAAGAGCAGCAGGUGGCUGAUCUUCAGUUGAAGCUUUCUCGUGCUGAAGAACAGCUGAAGGAAAAGGUGGCAAACUCCACAGAAUUGCAACAUCAAUUAGAUAAGGCAAAACAACAGCACCAGGAACAGCAGACGCUUCAACAAAACACGACAUCUAAACUUCGAGAAGCCCAGAAUGAUUUGGAGCAAGUACUACGACAAAUUGGAGAUAAGGACCAAAAAAUUCAAAAUCUUGAGGCCUUGCUUCAAAAGAGUAAGGAAAAUAUCUCUCUGCUUGAAAAGGAAAGAGAGGAUUUGUAUGCGAAAAUUCAAGCUGGUGAAGGAGAAACUGCAGUUCUUAAACAGCUACAGGAGAAAAAUCAUGCACUACAAAUACAGGUAACUCAACUGACAGAGAAGCUGAAGAAUCAAUCAGAAAGUCAUAAACAAGCCCAAGAGAAUUUGCAUGAGCAAGUGCAGGAGCAGAAGGCACAUCUAAGAGCUGCUCAAGACCGUGUGCUCUCUCUGGAAGCCAAUAUCACUGAGUUGAGCAGUCAGCUAAAUGAAAGUAAAGAGAAAGUAUCACAACUUGAUGUACAGGUAAAAGCAAAAACUGAAUUGCUGCUUUCAGCAGAAGCAUCAAAAGCUGCUCAAAGAGCAGACCUUCAGAAUCAUCUGGACACUGCCCAGCAUGCACUGCAAGACAAGCAACAGGAGUUAAAUAAGGUCAGUGUUCAGUUGGAUCAGGUUACGGCUAAGCUGAAUGACAAGCAGGAAUACUGUGCUCAGCUGGAAGCCAAUCUCAAAGACUACAAAGAGCAACAUCUUUAUUUAGAACAGAAAACUGAAGAGCUAGAGGGACAGCUUAAGAAACUUGAGGCUGACAUUCUUGAUGCUAAAGCAAGCAAAGACCAAGCUCUUCAGGAGUUACAGCAGCAGCGACAGCAAUCUACAGAAUUAGACCUCCGAAUAGCAGAGCUGAGUAAACAACUUGAAGCAGAAAGAGAAGCUAUGUCUAGUGCUAAAUUGGAUUUACAGAAGAAAUCUGAGACCCUUGAACAAGCAAAACAGCAAAUCUCAAAGCAAGAGGAGGAAAACGCCAGCCUCAAAAAAAAUCUUGAGAAAUCAAGUCAAGAUACAAGUAAACAACUCAAGGAAUUAGACUGUAAAAUGCAAGCAGCAACAUCGGAGCUGCAACAGGUGAAAUUAGAGAAGGAUACUUUGCAAAAGGACCUUACAGCUACCAAAGAGAAACUCUCGAAAAGUUCUGAAUCCUUCAAAAAAAGGAAGGAAGAAUUAGAAAAAGAAAUAGAAAAAGGAAAAGCAACUGUAGCAGAAAUGGAAAAAUCUUACCAAGAAAUAAAACAGCAGCUCCAGGUACAGACAGAGUCUGUAGCUAAAGAGAGGAAUGAAUUGAAAAACUCACUGGAAAAAAAGGAGGGGAUCUCUAAGCAAUUGUCAAUAGAACUUGACUCAACACGGGCGCAAGUACUGGAAAUUCAGGGUCUUCUGAAAGAGAAAGAGAACAGUGAGCAGCAUCUUCAGGGAAAGCUGAGAGAGAUAAAGGAAUCUUUUGAGCAGAAGAAAAAACAUAGUGAAACGCUGCAAGCUGAAUUAAAAACUGCCCUUUUAGAAAAGGCAGAACUGGAGAAUAAACUGCAACAGCAGACUAUUUUGUCAGCUCAGGAGCUUAAAGCAGAGAAAGCAAAACUAGCAGACUUACAGAAGACCCAUGAAAAAAAUAAGGAAAACAUGGAAAAGCUGCAGCUGGAUCUGUACGGGAAAGAGUCUGAGCUGUUGGCAACCAGGCAAGACCUUAAGUCCACAGAAGAAAAACUGGCUCUUGCUCAGGAAGAAUUAGUUUCCAGCAGAAAUCGAAUUGCCAGCAAUAAUCAGCAGAUUCAGGAACUGAAGAAAGCCAAGUCAACGCUGGAACAGGAUGCAUCAAAGAAGGAGCAGCAACUGGGCGAGAAGACCAAAAUGCUACAGGAUCUUCAGAAUGAGAGGAUUUUGAAAGAAAAAGACUUAGCUAAUGAAAAAUGUAAAACAACAGAGCUCCAGGAAAUAAAGAAUAGACUUGAAAAAGAAAGUGCCAAGCUGAGCGAAGAGCUUAGAAUCUGCAAGCAAGAAUUUGAGAAGGAGGUGGCGAAUCUCAAGGAUGCGAAACAGCUGCUGAUUCAACAGAAAUUAGAGCUUCAGGGCAAGAUAGAUAAUAUGAAUUCAACUCUGGAACAGGAGAAGAAAAACCAACAAGCUGUCAAAGAUCAGCUGAAAAAGAGAGAAGAGGAACUGAAGAAAGAAUGUGCUGAAGUUGAAGCCAAACUGCAUUCAGAGGUGAAAGAGAAAGAAGAAGAAAACCGGAAACAUGAGGAGAAGGAGACCAAGCUGACCAUGCAGGUCACAGCUCUGAAUGAAAACCUGGCUACCAUGAAGAAAGAGUGGCAAAGCAGUCAGAGACGAGUUAGCGAACUGGAGAAACAGACAGAUGAUUUACGUGGGGACAUUGCUGUCUUGGAAGCAACUGUGCAGAAUAAUCAGGAUGAGAGAAGAGCAUUGCUAGAGAGGUGUAUAAAAAGUGAGGGAGAAAUUGAAAAGCUUCAAUCCAAACUUGUAGAAAUGAAGAAAAAGCUGGACAACACUACUGCUGCAAUGCAGGAGCUAGGCCGAGAAAACCAGUCGUUACAGAUCAAACACACCCAAGCUCUCAACAGGAAAUGGGCAGAAGACAACGAGGUACAGAAUUGUAUGGCCUGUGGGAAAGGCUUUUCAGUGACAGUGAGAAGGCAUCACUGUAGACAGUGUGGAAAUAUCUUUUGUGCUGAAUGCUCAGCAAAGAAUGCCUUAACUCCUUCUUCUAAGAAGCCUGUCCGAGUCUGUGAUACUUGCUUUAAUGACUUGCAAGGAUAACUGGUGUGAGUGACAAAGAAAUGUUACACUAAAAUUUAUUAUUUCUGUUGAUGCACUUCAUUCAGCACUCAGACUACUACUCAGUUUGGACAAUGAUUGUAACAUUUGGCAAAAUUGAGUAUAUUUUAAAAUGUUUAUUGAUACCAAGUAAAACUAUUGUAUUUUUUGUGAGAUAUGGGCUCAGAUCACUCAAGCUUAUUGCUGUCUAUCCUGGAAAGAGCUUCUAUGUCUAGAUUAGAAAUACCCAGUUAUUUGUAAAUAAAGUUUAAACAGAGGAGUAACAAUGUAUUUUUUUAUCUUUAUUUUUUUUUUUCAAGAAAAAUGCGUUUAUGUGAUACUGCAGUUUAUUCUUGUUUCCUUCAAUGGAAAAGGAAGAUGCAAAAACUUGUGAGGAUUUUGUGUAUCAAAUGUUGCUGUAAUAGCAUAACUCAUUGUUGCAUUUGUUUGUGUAUCUGAUGGUCUUUAUAACCCCUUGUGGUUCUGUUUUCUUUCUUUCUGGUUUUAGGACUUUUCUCUUUAAAGUUUGAACUCCACAGUGAGGGUUAAAUUGCUGGAAUCAAAUCUCAGUUUUAUUUGCCUGCUCAGAAUUUGUAAUAUCAGCACCUGAGUUCUUACUAAACUACAGGACUUGGAUACUGGAAUGUCUUUAUGCAUACUGUACUGCAUAGUUUGUGUGUGUAUACGUGAACAAAUGAUGAACCAAGUUUAGUGGGCACUGUAGGAACAUUACACGAAGCUCUCCCACAUGGACUGAUUUCACUUUUACAUAUUUGAUGAAUUGAUUUUAAUAUUUCAGAAACCCUUUACAUGCAUGUUUUAAAAAACAAACAGUGCAGAUAGCCUGUAGUCCAUUUGUCACCAUGCCCAUACUCUAGAAGCUCCAGGAAGUCCUUGUGGUUCUGAGGCAUAUCCUGAAAUUCCACACUAGAAAUCCUACUAAGGAAAACUCUCUUCAGAGGGUGCUACAGUUAAGCUGAACUUUUCUCCUGUCUCUUCCUUCACCUUUGAUGGAAAAAGCUGAACUCCUGGUACUCUUAGCAGACCUCAUUUUUCCACUGUUCCAUCUGUCCCCUGUUGCUGAGGGUUCUUACAUUGUAUUCUAGUUCAAUGAUUUAUUCUGCUUAUGCAAAUCUCCUGGUGCUGGCUUAGCUUUAAACCAAACAGCUCUAAAUAAGCAGGUAGAUAUAUACAGGUUUAGAUCAUAGAUUCAUUGAAUUGCUUGGGUUGAAAGGGGCCUUUAAAGAUAACUACUCCAACCCCCUUGCAAUGGACAGGUUGCUCAAAGUCCCAUUUGACCUGACUUUGAACAUUCCCACUGAUGGGGCAGCCACAGAUUCUCUGGGCAAUCUCUUCUGGUGUUUUACCACCCUUUGUUUGUUCAGAUUUUACUUUUCUGUACUAGCAACGGAGGUUUCCUGAUGUGUUCAUGUAAAUUCCAAAUCUUUUUCUUGUGUUUUUCUCUACACUUGUUUUUUUCCUGCCAGUGUCUAACUGUGCCUCUCUUUGAAAUAAGUAUCUGACAUUUGGCCUCAAAACUAUUGAUAUUAUUUCUUCUGAGCUAAGGUUUUCUCUUGUGAUACUUAGAUCCCCUUUGUCUUGAGUACUCUAAUAAAUUCCUUACAACCCAAGCCAUUCUCUGUCUUAAAAAUUUGUGCUGGCUAUUUGGAGAUAAGGAAUAUGUCCUCAGUUCCUCUACUCCUUACCUCCCGAGGUAAAGAAACAAAUUCUGUUACAGUGGUGGACAGUUAGCCAUCUUUAGGUAGGUUUGUUUAAUUUUAUGUACUGACUGGUCUGUAUGUGAAUGAAGAAGAGACUUUUGUGAAAAUUGUCCAGUCCUGACUCUGAAAUGAAAACACUUCUUAAUCCCUCUUCCCCAAUAGUGAUCUAUGUUUCUUAUGUAGUUACCUAGUUCUAAAUUUUCAUCCUCAAGGAUUCUUUCUCAACAAAUUUUAUUAUUUCCCAAAAGCCGGCUGAGUUAUUUAAGUAGUUCUCACAACUAUAAAAGGGCUUGGAAUAAAAGCAUGAUGACGUGAAAUACUUACCAACUUUUCUAGUUUGAAUUUGAGAGUUGUUUGCUUGAAAGAAACUGUAGCUGCAGUGACUCCGUAUGAACAGAUCUUCUGGACUUGCUGCAUCUCCUUGUUAUUGCAACUGCUCAAAACAAGAAUUGUUUGAAUAGAAAGUAAGAGCAGAAUUUUGCCUCUAUUUCUUCUAUUUAUUUAUUAACUGAGUUAACUCUGUUAACUGAAUCCAGAAUGUUUGCUUUCAAGCCUUUCUUUUUCUGACAGGUGACUUCAGAAAUCUGGCAAAGUUAAAGAGAUUGGAGUCUUGCUCUAGUGUAGGUGUGGUUGUGAAACAGAUGGAGCCUGGUGCUGCUUUCAGAGCAAAGGGCAAACACAUUAAACUGAAGGGAUUUUAAGAGUGAAGGGCAAAGCUUCCCACAGCUGCAUGAAGGACAAAAUGUAUGUGGUAGAUGAAGACGGAAAUCUCUCAGGAGAGCAGGGGAAGUGGUUAAAAGACUCACUUGUGUUCAGAUGUUUUACUUUUGUAUGGGGACGUUUGAAACCUAAGGAGAUGGCUCUACAGUAAGGAGAAAAUAGUAGAAGUUCUAAUAGAGUUGUUCUUGGUUUAACCUUUUGCAAUGCUUUUGUAUAAAGAUGAGUGAAGUCACCUCACUCAGCUGGCUGCUGAAGCAGUGUGUUUGGUUGACCACAGGAUAACUCUUGAUGUGGAGCUCCCCAUUUUUGGGGUGAAACCAGCUGUUUCUUUUUUUAUUUUGGUUGCUUUUUGAUGACACAGUGACUUUUUGAGGGGACAUAAAUGUUUUUGAAAUACAUAUUUGCAGAAAAAUGAAUUGUUAAAAUCAGGAGGAACAGUGGGGCAGAAGCCUUCAUGCUUUAGGACUGAUCUACAGCAAAGUUGGGAGUUCUACAGCUUUUCACUGGAGUGCAUUAGUGUCUCCAUGCUAAAUCUUAUGCUCCUAUGCUUUUGUUAGGUGCAGAUCUGUAAUCACUGAUGAAUUGAUGGACCAUAUAAUGCUGUCAGCCUGGCUUUCAGGUUGGAACCCGUGCUCAAGCUUGGGAAAAUGACCUAUGAGGAUUAUUAUUAUUAUAAGGAAAACUGGAAGUUGAAAAGCUCUGUAUUUGUAAAUCUGCUCACGGGUUCUGUCACUUUGAUGGAUGUGUUUUCAGUAGGAAUAUGCUUUUUUUGUUAUUGUUGUUGCACUGCUUUAAAAUAGAAAUAAUAGGAAAAAGCCUAGUAAAAAGACUGGUAAGUUUCACUGCACAGAGUUAAAGGACUCUGGACAAAGUAGUUGAGUGCACUGAUUUUUCUGACUACAAAAACAGAAAGAAAUUGGCAGAAGAAACUUGAACAUGGGAACCAGAGGACAUGGAGUGAUUUGCUUUAGCCUUUAGCAAGAACCUCGUUGCUGGUAUUCACUGAGGAGGGGCUAUAGUGAAACGAGAUGCGGAGGGGAAAAAAUGGUAAAAUAUAUGCUUGCAGAAGUAGGUAUGUGGGAUCCUCAAGCUGCCUUUGAUUGCCAGUUAUUACUGUGGCAUCAGGAAUGUGACAGUGAGCUGUGGGAUUUUUUUCCCUGAAACUGGAUUAAGCCUCCUCAGAGAGGACAUUCAGAAUCUUUAGUGGGAGCAGAAUGUGAAACACCAGCUGCUGCAUGGGCUGAGGCAAUCUGUGGAAACAAUUGAAAAAGUAUUAAGGAUGGUGGUAUUAAGGAUGGGGAAAGGUUCUUUUAACUUUUUAAAGGCACUGCAUCUCUUUCUAAUCAAACAGCCAUGAUCCCUUGGGGUUGUUGCCUCUAAAAUACCAAAUCAUACUGUUUUUAUUCCAGCCUCAUGUCAGCAAUACAUGCUUCAUAUUUCUACACUGCAGUCCCUGUGGAGGCAGGUUGCAUUGUGAGGCUCGAUUGCAGGCUUUUGAUCUUAGCUGGAUAUGCUUCACUGUUGUUUCUUCUCCCUAUGUAUUUCUUCCCUCCAGUGACCUUCCCCUUUCUACAACAAUUUAACAAAGAAAAUAAAACAGAGUCACAGUAGGAGAACUUGCUGUCUGCAGAUGAGGAGACGAAGGGAAAUUUCGCUGCUGCUUCCAGCAGUGUUUUAGCUUAAAGUGCAGUUUUUUUUUCUUCUGUUUUUGAAAGGUGUUAAGUAACCAAGUUGUUGUGGAGUGUGGAGCACUAGGCUUACAAGAGCAAUGAGUAUUUUUGUUGGUUUUGGAACCAUCAGGAUUAUUUGUGAAUCCUCACUAGGGAGCUUUUCUUAGUGGAGGAAAAAGGGUAUUUGGGAGAACAAAGUAACCUUGUUGUGUUUAUAUUACAUUAGCAAGAAUAAUUGAACCUCAGAUUCUAGAGGUGAGAAAAAUGACAUUCCUGAAGAGGGGACCUGGAAAACUCAAGUAUUAUUCUGGAUUGUUAAAUGCCAGUUAAAUGGAAAGUUGUAGCAAAUGUUUUUUUGCAAAACUUAAAAAUUUAUGACCAAUAGUCAGUGUCAGACAGAAAACUGCUGGAGCUGAAGUUCAAAGAGAGCAUAAACUCUGCCAGGAAGGAUGACACAGUAGUUUAAGAAUGCUAAAACUGAUAAAUUACUCCUCCAGGGUACCACCUUUCCACACACAUUCUUGUGGGACUAGGAAAUAACACUGUCAUUUGCACUAUGCACUUUUGCUGUCUAACUGAAUAUAAUCUGGAGUAAGUGGAAUAGCACUGUUGGCAUUGCAUGUGUUAGCUCUAAUCAAUGAACAGAAGGUUUAUCUUCAGCUGGACUUUUCAUUGUAUUACAUUUGGCCCCUUGCUAUGUAAGGAGAAUUGCACUCAUAAUUACUGUGUACCAAAAGCAGGAUCAUCUGAGAGCACAUGUAACAAGAAAAUUCAUGUAGUCACGCACACGUUGUCUUUGUAGAACUUCAUUUUAAGAUUAUAAAAUGAGAAUACGUGAAUUUUAUAUAUUUUCAAGGUUUUUGCCAGUUGUUCAGUUCUUCAUUUAUGAAGUAUUGACCUCACUGUCUCUUCUAGGAUAAGUCAGAAAUUAUUGGCUAACAACAGCCCCUCUCGAAAAGCAGUAAAUGGUGUACUUUGCAAAACCAGCAAUAAUUGGAUAAUGAAAUCCCUCCACAGAAACUCAGUUUUUCACUUUUUAUUUUUCGUUUUUAAGGGGCACUGAACAAAGAGCUUUGCAUCUUUAGAGAGAGCGUUAGAUGCGUCUUAUGAUCACAAUAACAAAUAGGUACUAGUUAGUGUCAUAAACUCUGCCUUUUGUCUGUAGCGUGCCACAUACUAUGGACUCACUGUGCAGCAGAUACAGGAGUAUCAGAUCAAUUGAAGAUUACUGAAGCCCCACUAACUCACUUGGAUGAGUGUUAUGAUGAAAGUAGAAGCCUGGUGGUUAUGUUUUCCAACCUUGCAUCCCCCUAUGACCUAAACUAACUAACUAACUAAAUCCGUUUUCUGCCUUUUGUGGGUAAAGAGGGCUUGGAGCAGGGCUCACUAUUAGAUGUGGCAGGCCCAGGCUCCUGCUGUUGGCUUCCUGGCAAAGUGCUCUGUUGUAUCACGUGGAGCCUUGAUUCCUGGCACAAGAGGGGUGUUUAGGAGAACGUCUUGCUGAGUUAGCAAAUACCAGAACUUUUUAUAUUUAUGUGUCCAAAAUGCUGCUUGUAUAGGAUUUGUCACUUUUGUAAGAAAAGAAGAAAAAUCACAAAAAAAAGUCAUAACCCCCCCCAUCCCCUAUUACAUAAGAUUUCAUUUGAACUACCUCUCAGCGUAAGAUGCAAACAUUAGGUAAGUUGAAUGGGGUUUGCUCACUGUCACAUUACGUAAAAGUUAAAGUGAAUGCCAAAAUUGCAAAAGUUUAUCACCAAAAAAUAAUUUAAAAAGAAACCACGAUGAAGUCUUUCUUUUUAUGUGUUUGGAAGUAUCCAGUAGUUUCAAGUUGCUGUAAACUCUGUUGUGUUCUUUUAACUUCUGUAGUUUUAGUCUUGCAAACUCUAGCUGCUGAACAGGAGGCAAAUCAUAACUACAAGCUUUCAUAAUCACUGUCUGCUGAGUAAAGACAAUUUUGUGUGCAGCAUUGUUGUUUGGCUAUGGAAAGCCUCAUUCACCAAAUGUACCAUUAAUUGAGUAUUUUUUUCUUCAGUACUUGAGAUGUGAACUUGAUGAAUGUUUUCUGUAAUGGAUGCGUGCCACAAACUGCAUUGUCUGGUUUGCCUCUUUCCUGAGUUUCAAUGAUCAGUUUAUUAUUGCGGAUGUGAAUAUGGCACAUACAACUUAUUUUCUGCAUAAUUGUAUAAAAUAUAAAUGGAAAAAAGUUUAAGAUCUUACGCAGUAUUUAGAGGUAAUGUAUUAUAACAGCCUUAUGAUGCAGUUUUACUUACAGAGUACUGCACUUCUUUUAAACUGGAUCAUACCAUCUUGGUAGGUGUAGAUCAACUUUGCAUGAGUGUGUUUGGGUUUUAUUUCUUUUUCAUUGAAGUUUAAUUCUUAAGUUCUAUUUCAGUGUUUGUGUUUACUACUUGUGAUCAUGUAGUUGUGCCUUACAUUGUGAAAGAAUUUAGUCCAGCGUGCACUGUAAUUCCUAAACUCUGCAGUUUGAAAGGUGGCUGUGGAUUUGGAUGAGAAAAUGACACCAUGCAUCAACCAACCAGUUCUGUAUAAACUAUGAUGAAAUGUUAUUGAAAUGUAAUUUUUGUUUUCUAACCUGUUACAGGAUUGAUGAAUGACAAUAAAAGAAAAAAUUAGACCUUUCUAA